AUGUCUCGAUGCCUGAGCAAGAGUCUGAGGGACUACCUGGCGUGGGUGAAUCUCCCGGUUGCCCGCUCCAACUUCUUCAUUACGUAUGACUAUAGACUACGACACCAGAGACAACAGAAUGCACUUACCGCGGAUCUGCUGCGGAGCGUGGCUACGUGUCUUGCAAAGUACCUCCUGGUCGACUACAAGCUGAACGAGUACCCGUACUACGAUCUCACUGUGGUGAACGUGUUCUCCAACUACAGGCAGUCCAUGGAGAUCCUGUCGGCGGCUAUGCGGUACCUGGAACCAGUGGUAGACAGGCAGCUGCUCAGCCGCGUCAAGGUGUACAUGAUGCCCUUAUACCCCAGCCCACAGCAUCCGGGCGAGACCCGACAGGUCUCGGAGAAUGUGUGGGUGUUGGGCGAUGACCAAGCGGUGUUCGGGACACCCGCCACGCUGCAGGACAUGAGGCUGGCCGACCUCCUGCCGCUGGAGUACAGCACCGCCAGCUCAAUCGCCGAGGAAGAUCCCGUGCACGUGGUAAUGUUUGAUGACGUGUUGCAGAACCUUGCCCCGGAUCUGGUACGUGUCCGCCCCGAUUGCGGGAACGUUAACACCAGUGCUGGCGCUGGUGGCAGUGCAAGUGGCAGUGCAAGUGCGGGGGAGUGGGAGCAAUGCUUUGUCAACACCUCGGACAUGUCGCGCACGUACCUGGGCCAGGGCAUGGGAAUGGACCCGCUGUGCGAGCUGGCCGUCCAGCUCUGUUUGCCGCCGGCCGAGAAUGUCGCUUGCGGCACAGAAGUUUACGUGCCGUCACAGGCAGCCCUCUUAUUCAGCCACCUGAAACGACGUUUCCCAGAACACAAGCUUUUUGCCGUAGACAGCUUCGAAGUCACACAUGAGACUAUGUACUUCCGAUGGAAGUCAUGGCUUGCGGCAAUAAUGGGAUUUGGCACCCGUGGAAUCACGGGCACUGGCACUGGCUCAGCCAGUGCACCGUAUGGGAUCGAGAGCAGCAGCCUCGUCCUCGGAUACACCAGCGGUACUGGCACUAGCACUAGCUACAGUCACAGGGCCCUCAAACUCGUACCGAAUGCACACCAGUGCCAAUUGCUAUACACGGGAAUCAACGACGGCCGCAAAGCUUGUACCGUAGAACCUCUAGAUACAUUUAUAGACAAGUGGCGCGGCUCAGAUCUGCCGGCCCCUGAGGCGGGCCCCUUCUCAGUCAUGUACCAAGAGUGA